GUAGAUACUUCCGGAAAGCCUACAACUGAAAUAUGAGUGACUCAAAAGGAAAGAAACGGUCCAACAAGGCCAAAUAUAUGCAACCAGAUGCAAAGAGAAAACGUAUGGCUCUUGAUACAGGAAUGAAAGGCUUCUUAUUGACUUGUAACUUUCAAGAGAAAGGAUGUGUCAGGGAAGCAUAUAAUAUCUUCAAUGAGUAUGCAGAUAAGGUGUAUGGACCUGAGAAGCUGCCUGGUGACUCCUCUGAUGACGAUGAAGAGGAUGACAUCGAGAAAGCUCUUCAAAAGGAGGUUGACUCAAUUAAGCAGUCAAAUGCCAAUAAAUCUGAGCGGAGGUUCCAGGUUAUGGAAAGUGGAGCUAACAAUUGUAUUUUCAUCAAAACUUCUAUUGAGGACCCUUGUGCAUUGGCACAUCAGAUCUUUGAAGAUUCUUAUAAUUCGGAAGUCCAGAAAUCCCGCUAUACUUUACGCAUGUUGCCCAUUAGCACAACAUGUAAAGCAUUUGUGGAGGAUAUUAAGAAAACUGCUGAAGAAAUUCUGAAACCUCAUUUUCUGACUGAAUUUGGACAGGGAAAAACAUUCUGUAUUCAGUUCAAGGUUAGGAAUAAUGGAAAAAUCGGCAGGAAUGAUGUCAUACCAAUGGUUGCAGAUAUUGUCUCUGAUUUCAACCCAAUGCACAAGGCUGACCUGAGCCAUGGUGAGCUUGUCAUUGUGAUUGAGAUCAUUAGGAAUAUUUGCUGCAUGAGUGUCGUAAAGGAUUACUUCAAGUUCCGUAAAUAUAAUUUAUCGGAGGUCAGUCACGCAAAACGUAGAUUGGAGGAUUUAGAAAGAGAAAAACUAUCUAAGGCAAAUCAGAAGGAAAUAGAAAGUGAAAAUAGUGGAGCUAAGAAUGUAGAGAAUGAAAACAUUGAAGAAAAGAACAUUAAAACUGAAAAAACUGGGGAAAAUGUAGAGGAGAAGGGAGUUCAAGAGAAACCAGGGACAAAUGACACUGGAGAGACCAAAGAAGGGGAUGAUAACAGUACCGAGGAUGUUAAAGUGUAAAAAGACAAUGAAGAAAUAUGUGAAGAAGUUGAUAACGUCAAUAAUGUAAACAGUGAUUCUACUGAACAUAAGACCACUGAUUGAAGCAAUUUCUAAACACUUAAGUUCAGAGGUUUUAAACUGAAACUCAUAUAAUGUGAUAGAAUGGUGAUUAACCUUUUGAAGGCCCAAAUUGAUAGAUAUUUCUGUCUCAAAUAAAAUCAUUUUGAAACCCAGAGCAACACAUAUUUCUGUGAAGGAGUUGCUCUAACUUUGACAAUUCAAUAUUCACUCAUCCAAUAUGUCAACCGAUCAACACAAAUUGUGUUUUAAAAUGUGUGUAAUGAGCCUGUUCAGUGAUCAAAUUGUCUAUUUUAAUAGAAAAAUGUCAAUCAUUUGUAAAAAAUGAGUAA